AUGGCUGACCGGCAUGUAUCCCUCGCGAAUCGCUGCGGCGAGUCGAAGAGCCCAUACGUCCGUUCGCACAUGGACAACCCUACGGCAUGGCAGCUUUGGACGCCCGAAACGCUACAGCUCGCCAAAGACACAAACCGCCUACUCUUUGUGAGCAUAGGAUACUCUGCGUGCCACUGGUGCCACGUUAUGGCCCACGAGUCGUUCGACGACCCACGCAUAGCGCAACUGCUCAACGACCACUUUGUACCCAUCAAGAUUGAUCGGGAAGAGCGGCCAGACAUAGACCGCCAGUACAUGGACUUCCUACAGGCUACUUCGGGUGGUGGAGGCUGGCCGCUUAAUGUCUUCGUCACUCCAGACCUCGAGCCCAUCUUCGGUGGCACGUACUGGCCUGGGCCGAAAAGCGAGAGGGCUGAGACGGGUGGCGCAAACUUCGAGCAGAUACUGCUCAAGGUCUCAACGCUAUGGAAGGAGCAGGAAGAUAAGCUCAGAGAGAACGCCAGACAGAUCGCGGCGCAGCUCAAGGAGUUCGCGCAGGAGGACACGCUCGGUGAAAAACCAGAUGGUGAGGACGGACUGGAGCUUGAUCUGCUGGACGAGGCGUAUCAGCAUUACAAGAACAGGUUUGACGACAAGUAUGGCGGGUUUGGUGGUGCGCCGAAAUUUCCGACACCCGUGCAUCUCAGGACGCUCCUGCGGCUCGGAAGUCACACGCAGCUAGCCCGGGAUGUAGUUGGCGACACGGAGAUAGAGCACGCGCGGCAUAUGGCAGUCAAGACCCUGGAGUGCAUGGCCAAGGGUGGCAUCAAGGACCAGAUUGGACACGGCUUCGCGCGAUACUCCGUCACGAGAGACUGGAGCUUACCACACUUCGAGAAGAUGCUAUACGACAAUGCGCAGCUGCUCCCACUGUACCUAGAUGCCUACCUGCUCACGAAGUCUGAUCUGUUACUGGAGACUGUGCACGACGUGGCGACGUAUAUGACCACCGAGCCCAUGCAGUCCAGUCUAGGUGGCAUCAACGCUUCCGAGGACGCCGACUCGAUGCCAACAGCCAUAGAUCACCACAAGCGUGAAGGCUCUUUCUACGUCUUCACGCUCGACGAGUUCAAGCAAGUACUUACUGAGCAAGAAGUCGACGUAUGCGCCAAGUACUGGAACGUACAGCCGAAUGGCAACGUGGACCGGCGAUUCGACCAUCAGGGCGAGUUAGUCGGCAAGAACACUCUCUGCGUAAUGUACGACACCCCAGACCUUGCGAAGGAGCUCGGCAUGAGCGACGAGGAAGUCAAACGCCUCAUCUCCUCCGGACGGCAAAAGCUGCUCGCAUACCGCGACAAAGAACGGCCCCGACCGUCGCUGGAUGAUAAGAUCGUCACAGCGUGGAACGGACUCGCCAUCGGCGGACUCGCACGCACAAGCGCGGCAUUGUUGUCCAGCGCACCCCACCAGUCGUCAUCGUAUCUCGCUGGCGCGGAGAAGGCAGUAAAGUGCAUCCGCGACAACCUCUUCGAUCCCAAGACCAACACCCUACGGCGAGUCUACCGUGAAGGCCCAGGCGAGACGCAGGGUUUUGCAGACGACCACGCUUUUCUCAUCUCCGGCCUCCUCGACUUGUACGAAGCUACCUUCAACGAUGAGCACCUGCAGUUCGCAGACGUGCUGCAGCAAAAGCAGAAGAAGCUUUUCUGGGACGAGAAGAAUUACGGCUUUUACUCCACCCCGGCAAACCAGCCCGACAUACUCGUCCGCACGAAAGACGCGAUGGACAACGCCGAACCCAGCACCAAUGGCGUGAGCGCACAGAACCUCUUCCGGCUGGGCUCCUUGCUGAACGACGAGACCUACGAGAAGAUGGCUAAGCAGACAGUUGGUGCUUUUGCGGCAGAGAUCGGACAAGAACCUGGCUUGUUCUCAGGUAUGAUGACUAGUGUUAUCGCGUCGAAGACGGGUGUCAAGGGGUUGAUGGUCGUAGGUGAAGGCGAUGCGGCAGAGGCAGCAUUGAAGAAGGCUAGGGAGACUGUGAGGCCGAAUUGCACGGUCCUGCAGGUUGGUGGCGGAGCGAGCAGUGAAUGGCUACGAGGGCGAAAUGAGCUGCUGAAGGAUCUGGAUGCGAGUAGGCAGAUGGUGCAGCUCUGCGAGGGCGGUGUGUGUAGACUGCUGGAGGCGAAAGACGUGGAAGGAUUGUUCUCCGAUUGA